CCAACAAGCAAACAAGAUGAAAUUUUUUCAUUUAAAACCUUUUGUCCGGAUAACGUUCACGCCAAGUAGAUCACAGCGGAUCAGCAACCUCAUUAUACAUUUAACACUCCCCACCUCAUAAACGCCCUCUUCACACCGCCGACACACCACAGUUUCUGCCCAGCCAGCCAUCCAGAUUUAGUAGUUUCUUGUCCAAGUCACAAAUUUCGCCACGACCCGGAUUAUAGUUAGAGUUAGUGUAACUCAGUAGUUAAGAUCCCAGCUACCCACCUCUAUAUAAACACCCCCUCCAUUACCCGUUCUCAAGAAACUGAUCCUACCAGGUUUGCAGAACAGACACAGAGCAGAACAGAGCAUAACAGACAUUUGGAGCUUUGGAGUCUUGGGGUUCUGUAAUGGAGGGAAGCAAAGAGAGAAUUGAAAUGGGUGAUGGGAAACAGGAACGGCUGACUGCAGAAGUUGCCAUUAAAGGAUCCAAGGAGUCUGUCAAGGCGGGCAGAAGUGGAGCUGGAAUCAUCCCAAUACAGAUAAAGAUCACCCAGAGGCUCCCGGACUUCUUACAAUCUGUGAAACUCAAGUAUGUCAAAUUGGGUUAUCAGCAACUCGUGAAGCACGCCAUGUAUGUGCUCUCUACGCCUCUCCUGCUCCUGGCCGCAGCAGAGAUGGGAAGAUUGGGCGUUGAGGACAUCUGGCGGCUGUGGGAACAGCUCCAGUACAAUUUCCUGAGCGUCACGGUCUGUUCUGCCGUGUUCGUCUUUGUGGUCACCGUCUACUUCAUGACCCGACCCAGGGCAGUUUACCUCCGGGACUUCGCCUGCUACAAGCCGGACGAUGAACGAAAGUGCACUAUGCAGCGGUUUUUCGACUGCACAGAGCACGCCAAUGCGUUCACCGAGAGCACGAUCGAGUUCCAGAAGCGGGUUUCCGAGCGGUCUGGAUUGGGCGAUGAGACUUACCUCCCGGUCGGAGUUCUGUCCCAACCGCCGAAUCUCUGCAUGGCGGAGGCCCGAUUGGAGGCAGAGGCGGUUAUGUUUGGGGCUCUAGAUGAGUUGUUCCAGAAAACGGGCGUGAAGCCCAAGGAUGUCGACAUACUCAUUGUGAAUUGCAGUCUGUUCAAUCCCACCCCUUCUCUGUCCGCCAUGAUUGUGAAUCACUACAAAAUGAAGGGCAACAUCAAGAGCUUCAAUUUGGGCGGAAUGGGUUGCAGUGCCGGGAUGAUUUCAAUUGCUCUCGCCAAGGAUCUUCUCCAGGCGAAUCCAAAUUCCCUGGCGGUCGUUGUUUCAAUGGAGAACAUUACUCUGAAUUGGUACUUCGGCAAUGACAAAUCCAUGCUGCUCUGUAACUGCAUCUUCCGCAUGGGGGGAGCCGCCAUUCUUCUGAGUAACAGACGGAGGGACCGCCGUCAUGCCAAGUAUGAGCUCGUUCAUACGGUCCGAACCCACAAGGGUGCCGACGACAAGAGCUAUAAUUGUGUCUUCCAGCGUGAGGACGACACGGGUAGCAUCGGCGUUUCUCUGGCCAGAGAACUAAUGGCCGUCGCAGGGGACGCGCUUAAAACCAAUAUAACGACUCUGGGUCCCCUGGUUUUGCCCCUUUCUGAGCAGCUCCUUUUUCUGGGGACUCUGAUUGCCCGGAAGGUUUUCCAGAUGAAGAAAGUCAAGCCUUAUAUUCCGGACUUCAAGCUGGCUUUCGAGCAUUUCUGUAUUCAUGCCGGUGGGCGGGCUGUUCUGGAUGAGUUGCAGAAGAACUUGGAGCUUUCUAACUGGCAUAUGGAGCCUUCGAGGAUGACUCUCCACCGGUGGGGUAACACUUCCAGUAGUUCUCUCUGGUAUGAGCUUGCUUAUACUGAGGCAAAGGGCCGAGUGCGCAAAGGGGAUCGGCUCUGGCAGAUCGCUUUCGGGUCUGGUUUCAAAUGCAACAGUGCUGUUUGGAAGGCACUUCGACCUGUACCAGCUAAGUCGAUGGAAAAUCCCUGGUUCGACUGUAUUGACAGGUACCCGGUUAAGGUCCCCAUGUACUCAUGAUGUGAAGAAUCCCUUUCUUCUCGCUCCUUCUUAAUAACCAUUACUGCGCUCUGUGCUUUGUGCUCUGCGCUCUGUUAUCUGCUUUCACUUUUAUUUCCUUUUCUGGUGUUUUGGACUGUUUGGUCCCAUCAAUGCCAUAAUAUAAACUUCUAUUUCGCUUCUUAAAUUGUUUGUUUGGUCUCAUCAACUUCAUUAAAGUCUUCUAUUUCGCAUUUCA